CUAUAAAUGUUCGUAACAAUAAAGAUAACGGCUUGUUCAAUCAUUUCAAGAUUUGCACGAACAUGCGCUGUCUCUUGCUUUGUCUCCUUGUCCGCUAUGCAUGCUCCUUCAUAUUGGAUGAUCUUCACCAUUGUCCGCACUACUCCUCCGUCUCCUCUUUCUUGAGUCACAUUGGGGUUAAUGUUCACACAUCCGGGACAUUCGGCAUCAGUGACCUGGAUGUGACUAAUGACCCCAAAAGCUCCUCAUGCACCGUGCUUAAGGCAAAUUACGCAAAGGGAAGCCAUUCACACACACAUGACUUGACGCGAGGAGCCCAGUUCUUCGUCACGCCAUCUGGUUAUCCAAAUGGAGCCACUGACGUCACAUUGAGCUAUGAUGUGUAUUUCCCGAGUUCAUUUUCGUGGGUAAGAGGCGGGAAACUUCCUGGUGCGUACGGACACAGCACCCAUUGCUCCGGAGGACGGGACUCAAAUCACUGCAUCUCUACUCGAUUCAUGUGGAGAGCAAAUGGACUCGGAGAACUGUAUCUCUAUUUUCCCAAGGGAUCUCAACCAAAUUUCAGCACUUGGGCGAAACAUCAACAAGCAGAAAUCGUCACCAAUGACAAUUACGGGGUCUCUAUUCGCUCUCCGAGGUUUGUUUUCACACACGGCAAGUGGAUAAAUUUAAAACAGCAAAUACACCUCAACUCAGUCCAUAGCAGCGGCCACGGAAAUGCAGACGGUUGGAUUAAAGUUUUUAUGAAUCACGAGUCGAGUCCCGUCAUGAUGAUUCAAGAUGCAGUUUUACGAAAAUACGAAGACGUAAAGAUUGAUGGCAUCUUCUUCUCUACUUUCUUCGGUGGCCAUGACGACUCUUGGGCGUCAGCCCAUACCACGUACACUUUGUACAAAAAUUUCCAAAUCUCAGUUGGUCAUCAUUAAAAUUUGUUGACAACACUUA